AACCUCAGGCUGGGCUUCUGCCAUGAUGUCAGAGGGAAAGAAAGCCCCAGCUUGCUAAUUUCGCCUCCCAAUCAGCCCCGGCAAGAAGGAGAUCACCGGGACCAGUUGUUUCCCCCCUGUGGUCAUGACGGCUUCGCACAGUGACUCUUUGGUGGUGUUGUUUGGGGCAACAGCUGGUGCAUAUGGGGCUAAACUGGGUUCGGAUGAGAGGGAACUAAUUCUCUUGGUGUGGCAAGUUGUGGAUCUACCCAGCAAGAAGGUAGGGACGCUGCACAAAUCCCUGGUGAAAGCAGACAAUUUGGAGUUAAGUGACCAAUGUCGAGAAGUGAGUGGUUUAACACCAGAGGGACUGGGCAAAGCUGAGCCUCUGGACCGGGUUCUUCAACAGUUUAGUCAGCUGGUAUCCAGUGAUUUGAAAGUACUUGGAAGGAGCUCGUAUACACUGUGCAGCGAUGGCCAGUUACUCAUCCGACAAGUCCUCCACCCAGAAACAUCUAAGAAGAACUUCCUGCUGUCAGACUGCUUUUAUUCUUUUUAUGAUCUUCGCAAAGAAUUUCACACAUGCUAUCCUAGUUCAGCCGCCGUGAAAGACCAGACUAUCAAGACUAUGGCAGAAUAUCUAGGCCUAGGGACGGAUGAAACGGAGGAGGACUUUGGCGUGUGGCAGGUGAAAACCAUGGUGGCUAUCAUCUUCAGCAUGCUGUCUGAAAGCUGCAAUGACAUAUUUACUGAACCUGAGACUGUGAAAUGCAAGUAUGAAACAGGUCCUUGUAGUAAAUCUGAAACAGUGGACAGUGAGACAGUAAUACGUGCCAGAGGUUUGCCAUGGCAAUCUUCAGACCAAGAUAUUGCCCGUUUUUUCAAAGGACUCAACAUUGCCAAAGGCGGUGUGGCCCUUUGUCUGAAUGCUCAAGGAAGAAGAAACGGGGAGGCUUUAGUUCGGUUUGUAAAUUCCGAACAGAGAGACCUGGCUUUGGAAAGACAUAAGCAUCACAUGGGUAGCAGAUACAUUGAGGUUUACAAAGCAACUGGGGAAGAAUUUUUAAAAAUUGCAGGAGGCACUUCCAAUGAAGUGGCCCAAUUCUUGUCAAAGGAGAAUCAAGUUAUCAUCCGGAUGAGAGGCCUUCCUUUCACUGCUACGCAGGAGGAUGUCUUGGGGUUCCUGGGGCCAGAGUGCCCGGUCACAGGAGGGAAAGAAGGACUUCUCUUUGUCAAGUACCCAGAUGGGAGGCCCACAGGAGAUGCAUUUGUGUUGUUUUCCUGUGAAGAAUAUGCACAGAAUGCACUUAAAAAGCACAAAGAAAUACUUGGAAAACGUUACAUUGAACUCUUCAGAAGCACAGCAGCAGAAGUCCAACAGGUGCUUAACCGAUACAUGUCAACGCCUCUUAUUCCCACCCUCCCGACUCCAAUCAUUCCUGUCAUCCCCCCGCCAUACACCAUCGCUACGGGGAGUGUACGUGACUGUGUGCGGCUCAGAGGUCUUCCUUACACCGCUGGCAUCGAUGACAUCCUGGAAUUUAUGGGAGAUGCCACAGGUGAUAUCAAGCCCCAUGGUGUUCACAUGGUCCUUAAUCAACAGGGACGACCAUCAGGUGAUGCUUUUAUCCAAAUGAAAUCUGCUGACAAAGCCUUUAUGGUGGCUCAGAAAUGUCACAAAAAAAUGAUGAAGGACCGUUAUGUGGAAGUAUUCCAAUGUUCAGGAGAGGAGAUGAACUUUGUUUUAAUGGGUGGCACUUUAAAUCGUAGUGGCUUAUCCCCACCGCCAUGUAAGUUACCAUGUCUUUCUCCACCAGCUUAUGCUGCCUUCCAAACCGCAGCCGCUGUGAUCCCAGCAGAAGCAGCCCUGUACCAGCCCCAAGCCCUCUUGCCAGCGACCAGGACUCCGCAGGCUACGGCUGCUGCUCCACCAGCUGUUACCUACUACCCUGCUCAGGCUGCUCAGCUUUACAUGAAUUACACGGCCUAUUAUCCCAGCCCUCCAGUAUCCCCUACCACAGUGGGGUAUAUUGCAGCUCCCCCAGGAGCUGUAGCAGCUGCAGCCACUGCCACCCACACUCCAAUCCUACCCCAGCCUGGAGCAUUAGUCCGGAUGCAGGGCUUGCCGUAUAACACGGGAAUGAAGGAGAUUCUCAGUUUCUUCCAGGGAUACCAGUACGCUCCCGAUGACUACAAUGGCCUUAUUCAGCUGAGUGAUCAAGCAAGGAGUAUGUUACAAGCACCGAAAGAGUGGGUCUGUUUGUAACUCUUUGUAACUUCUGAAGAAGCUCCACACAGAUUCCAUCCUCGUGCUUUACAACUUUAGUGGCCAGCCCAGUGGAGAGGCAUUGGUGACUUUUCCAAGCCUGGAGCUAGCUAAGAAAGCAGUGGCUGAGAAAAACGGACAGCUCUUGGGAAGCCGCUAUGUAGAACUGUACCUGGUCUAAUGAAACACUCUUUGGGGAUGGGGAAGGAAAGCUGCGCUGACCACCGGCCUCUUCCAAAAUCCCGAGUCUUCCCCUGCCACCCAGGCAGCAGCACGUGUGCCUUCCCAGCGUGAUACGUUGGAAUAUAGAGCAGUGUCCUGUUUGUAUUUUG